ACGCGUCCGUGCGGCGAUUCAAACGUAACUAUAAUCUAUUCUGUAUUGUUUCUUUUUCAAAAAUUGGCUUACGUGUUUUCUGUUCCUUUUGGUGGUUCUACCACUUUAUUUGUGGUGUAAGUAAGUCGACAUAUAAAUAACAUUCACGUUCCCCCUAAAAAUUGAAGACGUGUCGAUUUUUUUUUUAGAAUACACUCGUUGAUAGAAUAAAAUGAAAGGAUUAAUCUUGGUUGGUGGUUACGGUACUCGUUUGAGACCCCUGACGCUGUCGCUGCCAAAACCUUUGGUCGAGUUUGGUAACAGACCUAUGAUCUUGCACCAGAUCGAGGCCCUGGCCAACGCUGGCUGUACCGACAUUGUUCUGGCGGUGAACUACAAGCCAGAAGUCAUGGUUGGUGCCCUCAAGCAAUACGAGAAGGAGUACGGCGUUAGCAUCACCUUCUCCGUUGAGGAGGAGCCUUUGGGAACUGCUGGUCCUUUGAAGCUCGCUGAGAAGAUCUUGAAGAAGGACAACACCCCAAUCUUCGUUCUCAACUCCGAUGUCAUCUGUGAGUACCCUCUGAGGGAUUUGCUCGAAUUCCACACCGCCCAUGGUGGUGAGGCCACUAUUGUCGCCACUAAGGUGGAUGAACCAUCUAAAUACGGUGUUAUUGUCCACGACAGAGACGUUCCAAACCUCAUCGAGAGAUUUGUCGAGAAGCCAGUCGAAUUCGUUGGUAACAGAAUCAACGCUGGUAUCUACGUUUUGAACCCAUCCGUGAUCGAUCUGAUCGAGAUGAGGCCAACUUCUAUCGAGCACGAGACCUUCCCAAUUUUGGUCGAGCAAAAGAAGCUGUACUCAUUUGAUCUCCCAGGAUACUGGAUGGACGUUGGUCAACCAAAGGACUUCCUCUCCGGUAUGUGCCUUUACCUGUCCGCUUUAACCAAGAAGAACUCCAAUUUGCUCACGUCGACGUCUGAGGAGUAUGUUAACGGCGGUAACGUACUGAUCGAUCCAUCUGCCAAGAUCGGAAAGGGAUGUAAGAUCGGUCCUAACGUCGUCAUUGGUCCUAACUGUAUCAUUGGUGACGGUGUCAGAAUCCAAAGAUCUACUAUUCUGAAAAACUCUCAAAUCAAGGACCACGCUUGGGUCAAAUCUACCAUUGUGGGCUGGAACUCUACUGUUGGUAAAUGGGCUAGACUCGAGGGUGUCACCGUUCUUGGAGAGGACGUCACUGUCAAGGACGAGGUCUAUGUCAACGGUGGUAAGGUUUUGCCGCACAAAUCUAUCAAGGACAAUGUCGAGACCCCCCAAAUUAUUAUGUGAGUGCCUUUUCUCUAUGUACGUUUGUGCUAUUAUCGUGACCAUAAUAAAUAAUAAAAUAAUAAUUAAUACGGGUAUUAUACAGGUAUUUGAUAUUUUUGGGUUUUUUUUUUAAAGUUUUUGGUGCAGAAUAAUUAGUUAAUGUCAACUUUGGAACAACUGGAGCUUGAGGAGUUCGGUUUCCAAUUGAGACCAGCGGUUCAGCUGUUUGAUCCUGUUGCAGUGCAAAAUUUGGACGCACACCACUAUAACCUUCUGGCAAUCUCCAAUAAACACAGUUUACUCUUUGCCUACCUCAACAAUAAGCUCAAGCUU